CUUACCUGCUUUUGCACUUAGCAAUCUCUCAAAAAAGAGUGCGAAUGAGUCGGAAUCACGCUGCCAUGAUUUUGGGAAGAAUUAUCUCCAAUUCUUCUUUCAAUUCAUCCACUCUCCCCUUUGCUUCUCUACACUCGUUUCUUGUCAAACCCAAAUUCAAUUUUGAUAAUCUCACCCACCAAAUUAGAUACUUCUACGCCAAACCCAGAUUCAAUCUUGAUAAUCUCAGCCACCAAAUUAGAUCCUUCUCCUCCUAUCCCAGAUUUAAUCUUGAUAAUCUCACCCACCAAAUUAGAUACUUCUCCGCUUAUCAUAGAUUCGAUUUUGAAUCUAUACGUGAGCCCAAUGAUGCUGUCGCUCUAUUUCGGGAUUUGAUGAGAACAGAGCCGCUUCCUUCUGUUAAGCUUUUCUCGAAAUUGCUGAGUGCUGUGGUCAAGAUGAGACAAUACUCUCUUGCCCUUCAUCUGAUCGACGAAAUGCUUCAAAGGGAUGUUCCUGUAGAUCACUACAUAUUGAGUAUUGCGAUUGAUUGCUACUGCCGACUGAAAAAACCUGAUUUUGGGUUUGCAAUCUUAGGCAUUUUUUUCAAGCGUGGGUACGAGCCUACUGUGGUGACCUUUACCAUUCUCAUCAAAGGGUUACUGUUGGUUGGAAGGAUCCCAGAGGCAGCUAAAGUGUUGUGGAAGCUGUCGGUCUACCAAUUAUGCGAGCCCAAUGAACGUACGUAUAGUACUAUGAUUGAUGGGAUAUGCAAAGCUGUUGGUACUCUCAAAGCGCUGGAAUUGCUCUGCUUAUUGGAAAAAGAAAAGGGAAUCUGCAAACUUGAUGUCUAUUCUUACACUGCAGUCAUUGAUCGUCUAUGCAAGGAAGGAAAGGUGGACGAUGCUCUCCAGCUCUUCUCCUCUUUGGGUGAUAAGGGGAUUUCACCUAAUGUUGUGACAUAUAAUUCAAUAAUUGAGGGGUUAUGCAAUAGGAGAAGAAUGGAUGAGGCUGAAGACGUUUUGAAAAAGAUGAUUGCUGAUAAGGUCUGUCCGAAUGUGGUGACAUGUAAUAUCUUUGUGACUGCUUGGUGCAAAGAUGGAAAGGUGCAAGAGGCCGAGCAUAUGUUGGUAUCUAUGAAGGAGAUUGAUGUACAACCUGACAUUUUCAUUUACGCUACAUUGAUAAAUGGGUAUUGUAUGGAAGGAAAAAUGGACGAAGCCAGACGCAUUUUCCGAUUGGCAGUAAAUUCUGGAAUCAAGCCCAAUAUCAAUUGCUACAAUAGCUUGAUGAACGGGUAUUGCAAAAAGGGCCAAAUCGAUGAAGUUUCACGGCUUUUUACCAUAAUUCCCUACCAAAGGUUAGAGCGCGAUGUGGUUUCUUAUAGCAUAAUGCUUGAGGCCUUAUUUCGUGAAGGCAAAUGUGAAGACGGCUUAAAGCUGUUCAAAGAGAUGGAAGCUCAACAAGUGUCUCCUGAUAUAUGGACUUACAAUGUUCUCAUUGAGGGAUUGUGCAUUAAUAAUAAAGUUAGACAAGCGAAGGAUCUUUUCGACAAACUCUCCUCCAAAGGUAUGCAGCCCAACGUCAUAACAUAUACUAUUCUGAUUGAUUCAUUUUGCAAAGAAGGGCAGAUGGAGGAGGCUAAGGAUCUUUUCAACGAGCUUCCAUCCAAAGGUAUGCGGCCCAGUGUCGUAACAUAUACAAUCCUUAUCGGUGCACUUUGUGAAGAAGGACAGAUAGAGUGCGCUAAGGAUUUGAUGACGCAAAUGGUAAACAACGGUUGCUUGCCGGAUAGUGUGACAUACAAUGUUUUUGUUCAAGGUCUUCUGAAAAGGAACAAGAUGCAUGAUGCAAUGCCACUGUUGGAAGAGAUGGAUUCAAAGGGAUUCACACUUGACGAAACUACUUUAUCAAUGUUGAUUGAACCUAUGGUAAGGGAAGGUAGAGAUAGUGUUUUAUUUGAUAAGGUUAAGAAACUUGUACCGAAGGACCUCUUUUCAAAAUAGGUGUUAUGGUAAGGGAAGGUAGAGAUAGUGUUUUAUUUUGAUUAUUUUAAAUGCUUCAAUUGUUUCUUGACUCCAUAUACACUAUGAGGCUGUGAUGAUGAAUUGAUGAUUCUUCCAUCUCUAUCUGCAGUUGAUUUUGCGAGUUUCAUUCU